CCCCUUGCACUUGUUAUGUCAUGAUGCAUCAUCCUCAUAACCGUGCAGCCUUUUUUCCCCGAAUUUUUAAACAGUAGUACACGCCCAUUGAAGAAAACCAGGUGUGUCUCUGGCAAAUGCCCCGCCCACUUUACCGUAUAUGGCCAUUGUACGGGAAGUUGAUUGACAGCAGGCAGCAGCUGCUGAGAUACCGAGACAUGGCGGAGCGUGCAGUUUGAGUAAGGAACGCCAGAAGAGUUGCGCUACUUUUGCUCACACUUGAGUCCGCACAGCGCCACAUAAAUGGCCAAGAAGAAACUAUAAACGCAGACGAACGUGCUCUCCUCGGAAGCGCAGGUGAAAAUGAACGAAGUUGCCUUGCGUAAGUGAUCCGGAGAAAUGUCUCGCUGUUUAGUGCAGUCAACAGCCUCAGGCAACAAACAUGGCUUCUGUGCCUUUCUGCAGUUUGUAAUGAAACCCCGCUUCAUUAAGUCAUCACAUCUCAUGGCGCCUUGGCUCAAAUCCUACAAGUGAGCGGACAGAAAGAAGUUGCUGCUGCAUUCAUCGGGUUUGUGAGGGGGAAUCGGCUCUACGGCCGUAGCGCGGAGCUAGCUAGUUAGCUAGGGAACUGUAGGAACUGCAAUGGAGCCCAAGCACAAAGAGUUACUUCACCAGUACCACCAGAACUUACUGGAGUCCAUCACGGAUGCAGACCAGCUGAUAGAGCUGCUGAGUAAAUCGGGAAGCCUCAGCGAGCAGGAAGCCUUCGAGCUGGACCAGAACUGCUCCUCCAGCGCCGAGAAAGUGGACCAGCUCCUGAAGAUGCUCAUGAACAAGCAGAGCGACCAUUUCCUGGAGCUCUGUGUGGCUCUGGAGAAGACAUACCCUCACCUGUACUCUGCCCUCUUCGCCAACGGCGGAGGACCAGCUGAUCACUCUGGGUCCACCUACAGCAUCCUGUCCACAAUGCCAUCAGACUCCGAGAGCAGCAGCUCCCUCAGCAGUGUUGGUACCAAAGCCUCAUCACCUCCACCUGCACUCGGUGACACCCGGCCUGCCAGCGAGAACCUGGACACCAUCCUGUUCCAGCUGAGACAAGUCACCAGGGAGCGGGACGAACUUCGCAAGCGCUUGGCACUCGCCUCACCUGGCACCACAUUUGAUGACUGCAGGCCAAAUUCCAAACCUGGCCAUGACUACGAGCGUCUGAAAACGCAGUGCAUGAAGGCCAUGGCAGACCUGCAGUCCUUGCAGAACCAGCAUACCAAGACUCUGAAGAGGUGCGAGGAGGCCGUGAAGGAGGCAGACUACUACCACUGUGCUUACGCUGCCCACUGGCUGCACAAAAUGCUCACCGCCUGCUUGAAAAAGGUAAUCAGGGAGAACGGGUCAUCAGAGGUUUUGAACAAGCUCUAUGAUACAGCGAUGGAUAAGCUGGAGGGGGUGAAGAAGGAAUACGACGUCUUGAGCCAACGCUACAGUGAGAAGGUGGCCAGUCACAACACGGAUCUGAGUCGACUGGAGCAGGUGGAGGAGGAGAACAGGCGCUUGCAAAAACAAACCGAUGCUCUGCUUAAACAGCGCGACACGGCUAUCCAGUACCAACAGCAGUGGUCAACAUCUAUGAGACGGUUUGACUCCGUGCAGCAGGAGAUGAAUAAAGCCUCAGCCCAGAACAAGGAGCUGCAGAGAGAGAUGGAGAGACUCCAGUCGGAGGUGACACGCUACAAGAACUUCCAGCUGAAGGCGGUCAAGGAUGCGGAGAAAUACAAGGAGGAGCGGGAUUCUGUGUUUAAUGAAUACAGACUGAUCAUGAGUGAGAGGGACCAGGUCAUUAAAGAGGUGGACAAGUUGCAGACGGAGCUGGAGGCGGCGGAAGCCCGGCUCAAAAACACCUCCUCUGAGAGGAUGGUGGCCAGUGAGGAGGUGGAAGCUCUCAGACAGGAGCUAAAUUCAUCGCUGGUGGAUCGAGACCGUGCCAUCUGUGAGAGAAACGAGCUGCUGGAAAAAUACUGCCAUGAAGUGAAGGACAAAGCGGAGGCCCAGAAAGAGCUGAGUCAGGCCUGUAAAGACAUCGAGACUGUGCGGGAGGAAAGAGAUGUGGCCAGGAAAGAGAGAACCGAAGCCAUCAUUCAGAGAGACCAGUUACUGCGGGAAUACUACCAGGCCAGACAGAAACAAGACUCGGCCACGCUGGACAUGGAGCGUGCCAAUAAGGAGAUUGACGUGUUGAGGAAGCAGUGUGAGGCCAUGUCCCAGGAGCUGAAGGAGGCUGUGCAGGAGGCCGAGGUGGCCAAGUGUCGCAGAGACUGGGCCUUUCAGGAACGAGACAAGAUUGUUGCUGAGCGAGAGAGCAUACGGACUUUGUGUGAUAAUCUGCGCAGAGAGAGAGACCGUGCCGUCAGCGAUCUGGCUGAUGCCCUGCGUAACCUUGACGACAUGAGGAAACAGCGGAACGAUGCAGCCAGGGAACUUAAAGAGCUCAAGGAGAAGAUGGAGAGCCAGUUGGAGAAGGAGGCGCGUUUUUGCCAGCUAAUGGCUCACAGCUCCCAUGAUUCAGCCAUAGACACAGACUCAUUAGAAUGGGAGACGGAGGUGGUGGAGUUUGAGAAGGAUCGGGACGACAUGGAUUUGAAGGCAAUGGGGUUUGAUAUCGCAGAGGGUGUGAAUGAUCCAUAUUUACCAGGAGAUUGUGGGAUAUUUGUGACCCGAGUGGACAAAGGAAGUAUCGUGGAUGGAAGAUUGAGGGUGAAUGAUUGGCUGCUGAAGAUAAAUGAUGUGGACCUGACUAACAAAGACAGGAAGCAGGUCAUCAAAGCCGUACUUAAUGGAGGAGGGCUGAUCAAUAUGGUCGUUCGCAGGAGGAAAUCUUUAGGAGGAAGACUGGUUACUCCUGUCCACAUUAAUCUAAUCGGACACAAAGACGCUGGUAUCACUCUUGAGGGCGGCGUAUACGUGGCCGCUAUCGCACCGGGCAGCCCAGCUGCUAGAGAGGGAUCUCUUACCAUCGGAGACCGCCUGAUUGCCAUAAAUGGGAUCGCUCUGGAUAACAAAUCACUGAGUGAAUGUGAGGCUCUGCUGAGGGGCGGCAGGGACUCGCUCGCUCUCUCCCUCAUGAAGUUUUUUCCCCAGAGCACGUCGGGGCAGAACAUCUUUGAGAGCCUGAGGGAGGCUGAGAAAUCCAACGGCAGAAUCCAUCUGUCGGAUAUCCAUUCUCGAAACAGCAGAAACCUCAAGCACAACAGCUCCACUCAGACAGACAUUUACAGCGGGGACACGGGCAGCGAGAGAAGAAAGACCAGAACUGACAUGGAGGAGAGCGGUUAUUCUGAGAGGAAGGUGUUUCCGAUCUCCACCUUGCACCCUAACUCUCUCCGACCCGCCUCAGAGCUGGGACUGGCCCGCUACAGCGGCAGUGCCUUUCAGGAGGUCUGCUACACCCGCUCAGAGUCAGUUGGCCCUGAAUGUCUUACACUGGAAACCAGCCUGGAGAAGCAACACAGUGGCGGCACUUGGCCUAAAAUGGUGGUGGGUGUCGCCAUGACAACAGACAGCCCGGCGCAACUCUCCAUCUACAGGUCGCCCAAGCAAAGAAAGCCCAUUGAUGCCGACACCUACAAAAGACCAGAUGCACUGUCAAAGACGGACUACCAUUUGCCUCAAGCUUUAAAAGCGGACUCUGCCCCGACACCCCCGACCCCACCCACACGUAGCGACUCCUUCAAGUUCAAGCACAAACAUCAGGGCAACUCCGCCUCGGAGUCCACCGUCUCCGCCAUGUCUGUCCAGGAACCCAAGCAGGAGGACCGCAACGGCAACCUGUACUUCACCGAGGCGGGGCGCGAGGGCAAGGUCUUGAGCUCCAGGAAGUCAUGUGAGGAGGACAUCGGACGGAUGCGGCCGGAGGAACCGGAAGUGAAGCGUCCUAGGCCCAAAUCGGCCCCGGCGCUCAGGCGCAGAAUGACUCCUCAGACCAUUCCUCUCCAGAGCUUCCAGAGUUAUUCAAAUGAUGGUGACUCUGUGGAGCAGAGGGAGAUGCUGCGUUCCUCUCCUAAUCGACCUCACAGACACAGCGUGGGUUUUGUGCCUACAGCCUAUAAUGGAACCCUGCCUCCCAACUCAGCACAUCGAGGACUGGCCCCCUGCUCUGCCAUAACGGCCGUUAUGAAGAACCCCGUUUACAUGGUGCGCAGUCACAGAGUUCACACUAACAACUGCCCUACUGCCGCCAACCAGAUCAAUCAGCAGCACACACAUCCCAGUCCUCAGCGUCAAGGGCAUCUGAGUCUGGACCUGAGCCAGAAACGCUCCACAGACUAUUCUGACUCGUCCCGGAGCAGCCGGGCCUCACACGGCACCAACUCCCUGCCGUCCAGCGCUAGACUCGGUUCAUCAAAUAAUUUGCAGUAUCGCACUGAGAGGAUAAAGAUUCCCUCCACGCCGCGCUAUCCUCGCUCAAUGCUGGGCUCAGAAAGAGGGUCCCUGUCUCAUUCAGAAUGCAGCAGUCCCAGUCUCAUCACGCCACCUCUGUCUCCUUUCAAUCUGGAGACGUCCUCGUUUGCCUCCAGCCAGUCUCAGAGCUCCAUCUCCACCCUGCCCAGGAUCUCCGUCAGCCCCGUACCCACGGGAGAGCGGAGAAAAGACAGAUCUCUGUACCAUAACAGAUCCUUUCUGAGAAUCCCUCUGGCUGCUAGGCCUAGGUUCUCCUCUCUCAGAUGCUUGAGGAUGUCUUCUGAGAGUUCCAAGAAAGUUCCAGAGCCUCGCUUGGUAACGGUGAGGAAGACUCAGGGAGAGCUGGGCAUUCAGCUGUGUGGAGGAAACCUGCAGGGGAUAUUUGUGGAGAGGCUGGAAGAGGACAGUCCUGCCAGAGGAGUGGAUGGUCUUGUGCCUGGGGACAUGAUACUUGAGUAUGGCACUGUUAGUAUGAAGAAUAAGACUGUUGAGGAGGCGUAUCUGGAAAUGCUGAAGCCUGCAGAAACAGUGACGUUCAGAGUCCAGCAUCGUCUGGAUGAGUUCAACCAGGUGAAGGACACUCCUGGAGAUGGAUUCUAUAUCAGAGCACUUUAUGACCGAGUGGCUGAGACUGAGCUCGACCUCUCUUUUAAGAAAGACGACAUCCUCUAUGUGGAUGACACACUACCAAAUGGCAACUUCGGCACCUGGAUGGCCUGGCAACUUGACGAAAAUGCACAAAAAAUUCAAAGAGGGCAGAUCCCUAGCAAAUAUAUGAUGGAUCAGGAGUUCUACCGCAGACACAGUAUGACUGAACUGAAGGACGAGGCGGGCUCCAGUAAGACCCUCUCCGCUGCCGCACGCCGAUCCUUCUUCCGCAGGAAACAGAAGCACAAACGUAGCAGCUCCAAAGACGGGAAAGAUGCUGUAGCCUUGGACGCAAUCAGCACAGACUCGAUUCCAUUCUUAGAUGAUUUUGUGAGUCUGGCCUAUCAGAGAGUGCAGAAGAUUGACUGCAUGUCUCCCAGACCGGUGCUGAUCCUCGGCCCGCUGGUGGAUCCUGUUAAAGACAUGCUGGUCAAGGAAUCCCCCGAGAAAUUCAGCAGAUGUGUGCUCGAGGUGAUGAAGGCUUCCCAGCAGGCCAUCGAGCGUGGGGUGAAAGACUUUCUCUUCAUUGACUACAAACGGAGGAGUGGCCAUUUUGAUGUGACUACUGUUGCCUCCAUCAAGGAGAUCACAGACAAGGACUGUCACUGUUUGCUUGACAUUGCACCUCACGCUAUCGAACGGCUUCACAGCGUUCACAUUUACCCGAUCGUCAUUUUCAUUCGCUACAAAAACGCAAAGCAGAUAAAAGAGCAGAAGGAUCCAGUUUAUCUACGGGAUAAAGUCUCUCAGAAACAUUCCAAGGAGCAGUUUGAGACCGCACAGAAGAUAGAGCAGGAGUAUAGCAAAUUUUUCACAGGUAUCGUUCAAGGAGGCACCUUGCCUUACAUUUGCACUCAGAUCGUGACUAUCGUGGAUCAGGAACAGAGCAAAGUUCUGUGGACGCCGCUGGGCUCUCUGUAGAGCUCAGAGACUUACAAACACUAGACUUUAUACACAACACACGCAAAGGUACACUAACGUUAUGAGCGUCACGUUAAGAUGGUGAUUCUUUUUUUUUGUCUAUUCGUUUUUAUUACGUUAUUAAUUGUAACUUUUAUUUGUAUAUGUGUGUAUGAGUGUCUACAGGUGUGUGUGUGUGUGUGUGUGUGUGUGUGUGUGUGUAUGCAAAUGCAGGACGAUAGCACUGAAGUAUUUGUUCGUUUCCUUUGGUCUUCCUGACAGACAUGUAAAGUUUUAGCAAUGCUGCAUUUAAGACAUUCGUUUACAGAGCAGUCAGUCGGUGAAUUGUUUAACGUCUGCCUGAAUGUGAAGGCCUCCAUACAAGCAGCCCUGCUCCAAAACGGUAUGCGUGACACCCUCCUACGUCUGACAUAUCAGCUCAAGGACUGAAUCCUCGUCUCGUGGUUUAAGAGUCGUUUGUGGCCAAGUUUGUUGUGUAGAUGUCAGUGAACGUUGCUUUGAAUCGUAGUGCUUAUCUAUGGAGCCCGAGACAGACAGCAGCUAAGCGGUUCCUACGGGCCAAAUGGAAGUGCCUUUGGAGAUCUACUGAGCGUAUGACUGGCAUGAGGUGAAAGCCUGGUAUUUAAACCGUAAAACUUCUCAGAUUGCACUCCAGGGCUAGACAGACCACUGUGUACUAUGAGAUCUCGAAGCAUUCUCAUAGCAGAGCUUAUAUUUAGAGAGAAUAUACCACGUAACACUUGUACUUGUGCAUAUGAACUGAAGUACGAGCACACAUGUAUGCGUAUGUUUGCAAUUUCAUCGAAAUAUAUAGAAAUAUAUUUACUGUAUUUUUACUAGGCUGUAGUCCUAGGGGAGUGUGACGGAGUGUCACGUCUUAGCAAAUAUUAGCAUGUUUGUGUGCGUGCGAGAGAGAGAGAGAGAGAGAGAGCGAAUGCACGUUUCCUGUGUUGUAUGUUUGUCAGUCACUUUUAUAUGUACUACACACUAAAAACAAAACGAAAGCAAAAAAAAAAAAAAAACCAUCACGAAAAGAAAAGUUGCAGGGUAAACCUGAAAUGGUUUUCUUAAAUCUGUUUAAAUGUUAGUUGUUUUCAUUGCUAUUUAAUUAAAUUUUGUAUUAUUAUUAUUAUUAUUAUUAUUAUUGAGGCAUGUUAUGUCUCAUGCAGACCAGUAGCCCCAUUAAUGUUGUGCCAAAAACACAUUUUCUUUCGUUUUUCUGUUUUGCACUUCCAAUGUUCUGAACCCUAAACAAAUGACUGUUUGUAGGUUUCCAGUAGAAUGGAAAUAGGUACUAUCAUUUUUACUGUAAAAUAAUAUCCAUGUGUAUCACUCCAGCUCCAUACAUUUCAUUUACUGCCUUUUCAAAGAAAAAAAGUGAAACCGUGCAUAAAAAGGGAUUUCUUAUUACAUUUCUUUUUUUUCACGGUAAGAUAUCAGUCCAUUGGGUUGAAAUUAGACAUUUUUAAAAAGUGAAUCUAACGCCUAACUAUUAUUCUGAAUAGCUAGCAUACGGUUUUACACGAGGGAUUCAUCA